UUGCUUCCGGGUGUCUUCACUGUAGAAAUCCUCUUGCAGUUGAUGUUUGUGGUGUUUAUUUCCUAAGGGCAGCUAAUAGCUAAGCACCCUUAAAUACGUUUAUAAAAUGAACAGAAUAUUCGGACGCGGGAAGCCGAAAGCGCCUCCUGCGAAUCUGUCGGACUGCAUCGGCAAUGUCGACGCGAGGGCGGAGUCCAUAGAUAAGAAGGUCGCCAGACUAGAUGCCGAACUUGUCAAGUACAAGGAUCAGAUGAAGAAGAUGAGGGACGGGCCCUCGAAGAAUAUGGUGAAACAGAAGGCAAUGAGAGUCCUGAAGCAGAAGAGAAUGUAUGAAGGUCAAAGGGAGCAGCUGGCUCAGCAGUCUUUUAACAUGGAGCAGGCCAACUACACAAUCCAGACUCUGAAGGACACCAAAACAACAGUGGAUGCCAUGAAGAUUGGUGCAAAAGAAAUGAAAAGAGCUUACAAGGAUGUCAAACUGGAUCAGAUUGAUGAUUUACAGGACCAGCUGGAGGACAUGAUGGAGGACGCCAACGAGGUACAAGAGGCCCUGAGCCGCAGCUAUGGCACUCCAGAGAUCGAUGAGGACGACCUUGAAGCAGAGCUGGAUGCACUGGGCGAUGAGCUGCUGCUGGACGAUGACAGCUCCUACCUGGACGAGGCCUCAGCUGCCCCGUCUAUCCCCGAGGGAAUGCCCAGUGACAGCAAAACAAACAAGGACGGGGUUUUGGUGGAUGAGUUUGGUCUGCCACAGAUUCCUGCCACAUAAACAAAGGACGGAUCAGAACGACUGCACUUCAACUGAAAAACACUUUUAUAUGUAGAGGAACAUUUAUACAUGCAGAAACCAUUUGACCUGAGAACAACACGGUUUUGAAUCCGUGUUUGGGUUGUGUAUUGUUACCACUACCGUGCUAGCAUGUGGCCUUGUAACAUACUAACCUUUUUAAAAAAAAAGGAAACAUUUUUCCCUCUUCCUCCUCCGGUCUAACACUCUCAAGUCUCACUCUGCAGCAGUGUUACUUAGCUAUAUUUAUUUCAUAGAUUUGUGUGUUGUUUUAGUCAUGAAGAUUUUGUUUGAGUUAUUUUUAAGUGAAGAUGGUUUACACGGAGGCGGAUCAAAUGUCUGCAGGUUACAUGAACUUUUCAAAAUAAACUUGUUUCAAUUAA